UUUUCUCCAUACAACCGUCAUAUACCUGGAAUAUCGCUACAUGCGACGUUACACAAACAAAACAAAAACUGUUACUUCCAUUGUUUGAUUCAAGGCCACGUGUAUUCAUCUCUUGCAGAAGAGAAUGUCUCGAUGGGUAAAGAGUCUCAUUAAGCGUCAUCUCAUCCUGUUUCUGACCGGCAUGUCUGUCCUUAUAACUCGAGUACGGGUCAUGGGAUCAACAGCGCCCUUAUUCACGGAGAAUGACAAUCCACAUUCCUUUGUUAAUGGCACUAUGCUGAGAGUUUUGAAUUACAACUAUAUAUAUGCAAUGAAUGCUUGGCUGCUGUUGAACCCAUGGUGGCUGUGCUGUGAUUGGUCGAUGGGUUGUAUCCCCGUCAUCACGUCAUUGGCAGAUUCCAGGAUACUAGCAGAUAUAGCGCUCUGGGUUGUCUUUGGUGCUUUGUUUUACCAUUGCUGUGUUGGUGAGCUCACAAGAACUCGCAGUGUGUUGAUUAUGUCCCUGGCCGUGUUGGGUGUUCCGUUCCUGCCAGCCAGCAACCUGUUUUUCCGUGUGGGCUUCGUCAUCGCAGAGAGGAAUCUGUACCUGUCCUGUGCUGGCUUCUGUAUGUUGGUGGUGCUCGGGGCCAGGCACAUCUGUCUUCAUCUACAUAGUUUCAAACAGAGAUGCCAGGAGUAUGGUGGGAGAAAAACGCUGUACACCUCUGCACUCAAAGUCUGUCCCCUGAAUGCUAAGGAAGGACAGAAGGAGAGACACAGGAAGAAGGAGAGACAGAGGAGGGGAGAGGAAGGGGACAGGAAUGGACAGAGAGAUAGGAAGAAGGGGAGAAGGAGGACAGGAAAGAGAGAGAGAGAGAUGACAGAGAGGAGAAAGAGGGACAAGGAAGGAGACAGGAGAGAGAAGGGACAGAAGGAGGAAGAGACAGAGGACAGGGAAGAAGGGACAGAGGACAGGAGAAGAGGAAGGAGACAGGGGAGGGAGAAGGAAGGAAGAGAUAGAGACAGGGAGAGGGACAGGAAGGAGAGACAGAGACAGAGGAGAAGGACAGGAAUGAAGACAGAGACAGGAAGAAGGACAGGAAGGAGAGAUAGAGAUACAGAGGGAGGAGAGGACAGGAAGGAGAGAGGAGACAGAGGAAGAAGGACAGGAAGGAGGAGACAGGAGGAAGGACAGACACAGGAGAAGAUACAGAAGGGAAGAAUGGACAGGAAGGAGAGAUAG